AUGGUCAUAAACUAUCCAGUCAAUACUCUGUCUGAUGUCUAUGGAAAUGCAAUGAUGAAGACCAAUUCCAUCGAUAUCAAUGGCGAUAGUCCAUCAGGAUAUGACAAUGGUGACAUGAUACACCCAAUUCUGGGCAAUUAUCAUCUUCCUGUGGAGAUUGAAAAUUCACGGAAGCAAUCAGGAAUGCAUAACCUCUCUCGGGAAGGUUGGGGUGAAGAGAAAUGUCGUAAUUAUUUAAUCCGACUUUGUUCAGAUGUACCUCGAAAUUUUCCAUAUAAGGAUGGAUUGCGCAUAUUACAUCCUCGACUUCAGGAGAGAUUUGGCGACGAGAAUGUUGACUUGGCCCUGGGAGUCUUGGAGGAACUGAUCGAAAUUGAAGAGCCACCGCCAUUUCCGGCUUCUGUUUUCCAAAGAUGGAAGCACGAACAUCUUCACUUCACCAAUCCACAUGCUCCGCAUACUGCAACAAUACAAGCGCCAGUCGUACCUACCCAAGCACUCGUUGCGUACAGAGAAGAGCAGGCACGAAGAAAAUUCGCUCAGCCGCAGAUAAGUCCUACUGCUAUCCCAUACUGCGAAUCGUGCAACUCGAAUAUUGCCCACCAACCUAGCUGGAAGAUUGACCAUAGCGUAUUCGUCUCAGUGGGAGGAAAGCCGGCAACUUUGGCAUACUGCCCAACACCCGAAGAGCUUCACAAGGGAAUGUGGGAUCCUGAAUAUGGCCGUGCAGGCGUUUGUGUGCGACCAAAUACUGCUCAAACAAGUCCGCCUGGCUCGGCAAUGGAACCCAUUGGACCAAAUGCAACAUCAUCAAAAUAUUCCACUCCUACUCGAUCUUUCAUGAACAAUGCGAAGAGAGAGCUAGGCCAGAGGGUGAUGAGUGCUCUCUCAGAGACUAGAGAAAGUCUAAGCAACGUGGCUUCUGACCGAGUAGAGUUGUUAGAUAUCGAAAGAUGCGAGAAGUUUCCCCGCGAUAGAAUCUCUACCAGUUCCGAAGGUUCCAGAAAAAUUAGUGGACAGAGUGAAGUUCGCAAAGUCUCUAAGAUAAUGAACGUCAACCUACCACCAGGCCGCGAAAUCCCGAAUGCAAAUUUCGCAAGAAAAAACGAGUUGAUUUUAAGCGGACCAUCAAGUCUAGAUUAUCUUCUCACUUCUCGUCAGCCCACUCUUGAUGAGGUUGUCAAUAAAAUGUUGGAAUCGAAGACAAACUGUCCUGGUAAAGCCACCUCAAACAUCAAUGCUCCUUUGUCCGGUGAAGACGCCAACCCACUCCGUUCUUACUUGAGUACCUACCAUAGCCUUCCAGCUAGUCCCAGCGAUUUCUUCGAUGGUGGGCUUGACUAUAAGUGGGACACUCCAGACCCUAUCGAGAGCGCAGAAAACGAAGUGUCCAACACGUAUUCCGUUUCAGGAGCCGAUGAAGCGCUACCGUCAACUCAUCUUACAUAUGGAGAUAGCCACAACAUCACAGACGAUUCUCAGGUUGAGAAUGCAUAUCAUGCGCAUACGACUGACUGUGUUGAUGAAAUCAAGGCAAGCAAAUUCUCGAUCUUGGACAGCUAUGACACGAAGCUGCUUGAAACCAAAGAGCAAGAAAUGCUGUAUCCUACGGUGUAUGUACCUCCUCCAAAGAGUGACAUCCUGAAGAUGAGAGACUCGGCAGUAACCUCAAAGAAUGCGGUUCCUAAGGAAAGUUCAGUACCAAGCUCUGAGUCUUUUGAAGAUGAGCAUGGGCAUGAAAAUCGCAAUAGCUACGAUGGUACAUGUCAGUCCUGGGAAUGUCGAUACAAACAAGAAUACCGAAAAUCUUCUGGAAAUCUUGUGAAGUGGAAGGAGCCUUCUUCCGAGUAUGAUGAAGAAUCUGAAGAGUCCGAAGAAUCUCGGCUGUCACCGGAGAUCUACAGUCCCCCAUCGUCCCUUGAUCCCUUUAACAAGUACAAGGGCUUUCCACGCAGUACAGAACAACUUUCACGGAAAGCAAGUAACAUUUCGUCCAACUCUGAGCUCGAUUAUUUCGAAAGCUACAAUACUGAAACUGCAACAGCCCAGAACAUGACAUUCCCAAAAGUGGAGAACUUCGAGAUUGUGCCCAAAUUAUCGAAGUCGCAACUAUCUACCUCAGUCGGGAAAGUAGAUAUUACACCACCAGGUCGAUUGUCUGAGCGUCCAUACCUUUCAAAAAUUCAGGUUCCGAUAAGAAGUAAAUCUUCUGCCGCUUUUGGUACACAAAAGGUGGGCAGUCCAGCAAGUUCGAUUCCCUUGACAACCGAGUUUCCACUAACUUCACAGUCACAAACGAAAACAAAUCAAAUAAAUCUUGCAAACAAACGCUUGAAUAAUUCGUAUUCCUUGGAAUCUUUGGUUGAAUCAACUUCAUCUGUAGUUGCGUUUGAAUCAGUUCAAAAGCAGGUCAUGAAUUUCGACGGUGCAGCCGAUGAUUGUUUACCAAAACAAAACUAUAGAUCCAAAGUAGCGACUCGCGACAAUAGAUCCAAGAACAACGACGGCGAUUCACUUUACAAUGAGAACAAUAUAAGCGAUGCGGCGAAAAGGUUCUUGAUGGAACUCAACCAAGGACGUCUCCCUACCUUACAAUCCCCAAUAAUUUGCCCUCCUCAACCUUUGUAUAUCUGCAAGCAACCGAGUCAAGUUCAACUUAAACAAGCAACAGAACAUCAAGAUAACAACUACAACCACGAGAAAACCCGCUAUCCGCCUCGGUCAUCUUCCAUUCCGAAACGUGAGUGUCUGGGAUCAAUUGAGCAGGCCACACCUUUUUUAGUUGACGAAGACAUUGCAACCCGUGAGCCAAACAAUCGCAGCACAAAGGACUCGCAGAUGUCAAGGGAUCAUCCAAGCACACCUGAGACUACUGCGCGCUCAACUGUCUCUGAAAUCAAGCAAUACUACUUCUCUGACACCUCUGGCACCUCUGGUGGCUUAUUUGGUGAUUUUAUUCCAAUCGGAACCCCCGGAUCUGUUUAUUCUCCUCAACAACAACAACAACAGCCAUUGUACACGAUGCCUAUUCAUAGUUUUUCACACGGUCGCAAGACAGGAAAUUUCAGAAACCCAUAUAUAUUUGAGCCAGACACUCCGCUGGUUAUGGAUGAGUCGCGCCAGACCACAAUGACCGACUUCAUGCAUAUUGAUGCAAAUGUCAGGCCUGCCUCAUCGCCAAGUCUUGGCCAUGUUAAAAACUCACGGUCAGUUGGCCAUGCCGGAAGUAGCAAAGAUCUUUUGAUGGUGCCCCAACACUCAAGUCAUGGCCAUGGCCAUGGUCUCCAACGUAGCGAUACAUCCCCAAGUAUUACGCCGUUGCGAUUUGCAGCACGCGAAGAAUCUCCUGCUUCUGAUCAUCGAGCCUAUGAUGCCAGUGUUGAUUCUAUCUCACCAAUCCUUCAAAACGCUUUUGCGACUCAAAGUCUCCCCAACCGCGGUCGCGCUGCUACUCUUGAACUGUCUCGACUUCCUGUCAACAAAGGGGCCAGAGAUAAAUUUCCGCAGCCAUCCAGCUCACCGGUUCAUCAAGCUGCACGAAAUUAUCAACGACGAUCGCGGUCCCCAGUUCGUAUGCCAUCUGGCGAGCAUCGCAAGCAGUCUUCACGCCCAUCUGAUGAAGACGUACCGGAUGGCAGAGGUCGUUCUGCAACAUAUUCCCCAGUCCGAAAGGAGGUAAAAUCAAGUGAAAGCAAUGUGUCUUAUUCGAGCACCGCUUCGACUACCGUCAAUCGUCAGAUGACUCGAUCCCCCACAAAAAACCUAGUCGACGUAGCUGAAAAGGAAGAGCCCGAUUUUCACGGCCAGGACCUGCUUCCGAUUUCUCCAAAGAAGAGGUCGCGUUCGCCAAUGAAGAAAAUGUUCGGGGAGCAUGGCUGGCUUGGCUCAUCUCAAAAUGAGGUCCGACCAAGUGUUAUGUGUUCAAAGUCGACCCAGAAGGUGGAUAGACCCAAGAAGCCUGGAAUGAUGGAAAAGAUUAAAAAUAAAAUUGAGGGCUUCGCUGAAAAGGCCGACAUGAGACUCGACAAGAAUAGAAUAUCAGUUUUGUCUAUUUCCAUCAACCCGUAUGAGCAGGCUAGAUAUUUGGUUGAACUUGAACUUAUGGUAGUUCACACAGCCAAUACCUUUCUCAUGAUACAAUUCAGCCAGGGCCGCAUGUCUAUCGAUAGCAUCAAGAAGACUGUGGAUACAUGGAAGAACAAGGGGCGUCCUGCUGUAGUCGAAUUUAUGUAUGACCAAGGCACCCAGCGGGAUCUCGUCACCGCCAAUCAGUACAACUUCCGAUUUCAUGGUAACCGACUAGGUGAUGAUGUUCGUAUCUCAUCUAUGCUUUACAAUUGGAAACAGGUGGCAUCUCUCAUGUCUAUCCGCACCUUCUGUAAUGCAGAUACUGUUCUCUUGAAGCUGGUGUUCGAUGUAGAGCAGAUAUUAGAGCUCAUUGGUGGUUCAGAACAGAUUAUGUUUCGUCUCCAGCAUCUUCGAUUGUCAAUCAACGAGGCGAUUCGCGUUGCAAAAGUUGAGAGGUCUACUUCACGAAAUGGCCAUGAGAAGGAGUGGGAACCACAAUUAUCGUCAAACAUUUCGCACAGUGAUCCAUAUAAAGGUAUGAAGCUCGUUCCUGAACAUUACGCCAAUUGAGAUAAUUCGAUCAAUCCGCACACGUCUAUGUGUUGUAUGUAUGUAUGUAUGUAUUUUCGCCGUCAUUCGACUGAUUUAUAUCGACCUCGAACUCAUUCAAAAGACAUGUCAUCUAGAGGUUAGAAACUCCAGCGCACAAGAUUUCUCGUGGAAAUUGAGAUUCACGAUUGUACAUGGGUUGAUCUGUGCAUUGUGGAAUGGAUAAUAGAUUUGUUAUUUUCGCCGUAUUAAUUUGAUCUCAGUGUUCUCAUGUUCUCAACUUAGCUUUUCUGUUUUCUUUAAAUCUUUGCCAUUUUGCUGAUUUGCUUCGAAAUCCCAAUUCAUCUGAAUUCAUCUCGAUUCAUCUCAACCUUCUGGGCGAGGGUUUGACUGCAAUCCUAUUGUACUCAGCGUUGCACAUUUUGAUUACAUGUGUGUACCUAGGGAGAACGGAGAUGAAGCUACGAGUAUGUACGAGGAAGAAUGAAGCAACAGCUGGUAGAUAUCUUAGGAGAUAAGAAACCUUCAAAGUUUCAAGCAGUA